CUUAACAACUGACACUUUUAUUCACAUUUGGAUUUGAUAGGAUACUUGAUCUCACUCGAAUAAAAUAAUCACGUUCAAAAUCAAAUAGAAACAUUUCUGUCGAACAGCUUUUAGCCAUUUCGCAAAUUGCGUCAGUAGAGAAAACAUUUCUCAGUAGGAAACAGCUAGAGCGAAAUUCAUUCAUCUGCAUAGUUUCGAGACUGCUUUAAAUAUUACAAUUUCAUAUUAAAGUUGGAUAUUUUAUUUCUUUUUCACGCGCACAAUGGCAAAGGCAAUUUUCCUGUUGGGACUGGCUGUUUUGAUGGCAUUGGCUAACGCUCAGUAUCAAGGAGGAUUUAUGGCGAGUCCUCUCUCGGAAAACUCGUUUCAAAACAACGAAGUUUGCAUCAAUUAUUUGAACACGUCGCUCGCUGAAUCUAUGGUCAAACUCAAUCGACCAGGAAACGCCAACAACGCUGGCUUCAAUGCUAUUGGAAAAGAAGUCGAAGAAAUAAUCAAUAAAAAAAUUACUAAUUUGAUGUUGAAAUGCAGAGGAACCGUUCUUAAAACUCCGCCCGAAAUCGCUAAUCACUUCAAUAUGGAUGGAAAGAGUUUCUUUGUUGAACAGCUGGCUAUUCAGAAAACUGAAAUUAAGCCCAGAUUGAGAACAGAAGUAGAUAACAUAAUACAAAUUGACAAACUGAAGGCUUCGUUGAAUCAAAUAGCCAAAGAAAAAGCGGAGCAAGAACAACUGGGUUCGCAAAAGUUAAGUCUUGUGGCAAGUAAAAAAGCCGAAAUCGAGAAACUGAAAGUGAGAUUAGAUCAGAUGAUUCAAAUACGAAAUCAUGAGUACGAGAGCGGAAACUUCUAUUACAACCGCUUCAAUCAGCGCAGCCUCGAGUUGCAGGAAGAGAGGAAAAAAUACGCCAGUCUCGUGGAAAAAUAUGACGAAAUUCUGGCCAAUGUUUGCGGGUGUACGAGAUGCAGAAACAAUCAAACACCAAACAACUGGGCGGAUAUUCUCAGCACGGGAAGAAAUGUCGAAAAAGAAACGAAUACGGAAGUCCUAUGGAAAACUACUACGGUCAACACUCCGACUAUUCAUUAGGAAACGCGUGUCCUAUAAAUUGUUGCUUUCUUCCUGCUCUCAUUUCUUACAACCCUUGCUGCUCUGAGUAAUACAAUACUAUAAGGAUUAAGUUUUUGCUUGAAAUUUUUCUUCUACGUGAAUCGAAUUGAAAUUUGAGCAUACUUGGCUGAAAUAUUCACGUUCCUAAACGAAGGAAAUGAGUCGCCAUAAUCACGGCCACUUUGCGAUCAGCGUUAGUUGAGAAGUUUCCGUUGAAAACACCUGGUGAUUAUUUUAGAUCGGUAGCCAUGGCGAACGAAAUGUUCUUGAUGAAACUGAUUUUUGUAACAACUCUAGUAGUGGUGACUCUGACGCAAGUUACGCAACCGCAGCCAGACAGAUUGCUCAGCACUCUCUCUGAAAAAUCAUUCCAAGAUCACGAGAAUUGCUUGCAACAUUUAACGACAAAAUUGUUUGGAUUUCUCAAUGAAAUUUAUCCACCAGAAAAGGCUAGUGAUAGUAAAAUCACCAGUUUUGGAAAAGAGGCCCUGGAGAUGAUAUCUAAAAAACUGAAUGCCAUGAUGUCCAAAUGCCAAAAUGGGGCUUCACUUAGAGUUACGCCAAUCGUCGUUACUCACUUGAACAAAAAUGGAAGGAAUUUCUACGUUGAGCAGCUGAUCAUUCAGAAAAUUGUGCUUAAGCCCAUCUUGGUGGUGGAACAAACCAAUGCCAAAGAAAUUCAGAUUCUCAAGAUCAGAGAGAACGAAAGGUUAGUGGAGAAGAUGCAAGUGGAAGUGGUUAAUAUGAAAAGGGACCGAAUUUUGGCAAAGCUCGACUCUGAUAUCGAAACACUCGAAUACGACAUAAAAAACGCGACUCGUGAUUACGAACGCGAGAAAUCUAGUGGUGAAUUUUACUACGACAAGUUUAACAAAGUCGAAGCGGAACUGGUGGCCGAGAAGAAAAAGUUUGAAGAUUUAAAUGCAAUUUACCUGGACAUCAUUGAGAAUGCUUGUGGCUGUCAAAGGUGUAGACUCUUCUUGGGCAAUGUGCAAAUACCGAAUUGGUUUCCUAAUUUUCAAGCCUCCAGAACUCCAAACUAGGAAAACACUUUGCUCCCGCGCCUCUGCCGUUGCCAGAUCACUUUGUGCACAACAAUGUAUUGGAAUAUUCUAAACAAUCAUUUUCAUUUCCCUAAAAUUUAUAGAUUUAAACUAAUAGUAAUA